AUGCUGCGAGCUGUAGCCUUGCUGGCCCUCUUUGCCCUUAGCCAAGCUCAACAGGACAACUGUUACAUCAACGAUAGCGGUUUCACAUGCUGUAACAAGCAACUCGAAGCAGCUAUGAAAGGAGCAAUGGGUGGAAAGGAUCUCCUCUCCGCAGCUGACGAAAUCCAAAAGAUGGCCGAAACAACGUUGGGAGGAAAAUUCGAAACCGUUGUCGCUUUGGACGAUUUUGCUUACAAAUCUCAUUUCAAGGAAGGAAAGACUUGCAAAAUCGAGAAGAACGGACAAUAUGCGCUGGCAUGGCAACCUUGA